GCGCGGAGGACCAGAGACUGAGGAAGCAGCGGGAGAGAGAGAGAGAGAGAGAGAGAGAGAGCGUAGAGUUGAAGAUAGCAGCAGUUUGAUGGCGGACGCUUUCUGCCCGGACUGCAAGCGGAGCACGGAGGUGGUGUUUGACCACUCGGCUGGGGACACGGUGUGCUCCGAGUGCGGGUUGGUUCUCGAGGCGCACGCCAUUGACGAGACCUCCGAGUGGAGGACCUUCGCCAACGAGUCCGCCGACAAUGACCCCGUCCGUGUCGGCGGCCCCUCCAAUCCUCUGCUCACCGACGGCGGCCUCUCCACCGUAAUAUCCAAGCCCAACGGCACCCAGGCCGAGUUCCUCUCUUCCUCCCUAGGCAGGUGGCAGAGCCGCGGCGCCAACCCCGACCGCAACCUCAUCCUUGCUUUCAAGACCAUCGCGACCAUGGCCGAUAGGUUGGGACUUGUUGCCACCAUCAAGGAUCGGGCUAACGAGAUAUACAAGAAAAUUGAAGAUCUUAAGUCUAUUAGAGGGAGAAACCAAGAUGCAAUUUUAGCUGCUUGCUUAUAUAUUGCAUGCCGACAAGAGGACAGGCCUAGGACUGUAAAGGAAAUUUGUUCUGUUGCCAAUGGAGCUACGAAAAAAGAAAUUGGUCGGGCUAAAGAGUUCAUUGUAAAGCAACUUGAAGUUGAGAUGGGACAGUCAAUGGAGAUGGGAACAAUUCAUGCAGGAGAUUUUCUAAGACGAUUUUGUUCACAUCUUGGCAUGACAAACCAAGCAGUGAAAGCCGCUCAAGAAGCAGUGCAGAAGUCAGAAGAGCUUGACAUAAGGAGAAGUCCCAUUUCAAUUGCAGCAGCUAUUAUAUACAUGAUAACACAGUUAUCAGAUGACAAGAAGCCCCUCAAAGGUUCUUCAGUCUUCUUUACUCUUAGCCAUAUGCUCUGUCCUUAUAUAUCUUCAUUCUCAGAUAUUUCUCUGGCAACUGGAGUAGCAGAAGGCACCAUAAGAAAUUCCUACAAAGAUCUCUAUCCGUACGCUUCAAGAAUUAUUCCAACCUCCUAUGCAAAAGAGGAGGAUUUGAAAAGCUUAUGCACCCCAUAGCUUGGGUGGAGUUAUCUACUACCUUAGAAGUGUGUCAGGUACCCUUCUCAUUCAACACUCGAGCCAUUUACUGUAUCUACCUUGUAUAUAUUUCUUCUGAGAUCGAAUACUCUUGUCCUGUAGUAUCUGAUUUCCAGUUAAUCUAGUUUAAUUAAAUGUGCUAACCUAGGAUGAGAAUGCUAUCACUGUAGUGGUAGAUGAAUUUGCAAAAUGUUGUUGAUGCCGAUGCUGUUGUAUACAAACAAUGUAUUGUAUUAGUUCAAAACAGAUUCUAGUAUCUUGAUAAUUUCAACAAAUUUAAUUCUCUGGUCAGGUAAUUA